AUGACUGCAGCGGAGAAGAAGAAGCAACUGCGAAAUAGGGCGUCAUUGGGGUCAACCGGCGAGGCGUUCUCGACGCAGACGGCGGAGGAAAAGGCUUCCGCGACACCGGUGGCAAGGAAGGACACGGUUCCUGACGGUGCUACCGCGUCAGGCAAGACGAAGCAAAAGAAGCCGACAACAGCCGCCGGGGAUGUCGAGCGGAUCCUUCUUGCCGACUUCGGAUCUAGCGAUGAUGAAGACGAAAGCGAAUCCACGACGAGAGCACCUGAAACUUCAGGUGCUUUCUGUGUCGGUCCUCCAACAUCGGCGCCAACAUUGAGUACUGUUGCUGCCGCGCCUCCAACAUCGAGGCCAACUUCAAGUGCUGGCCCCUACAACACCAACACGUGGCCACCCACGGGAGCGCGCACUGCCAACCAGUACUGGCAAAUGGGAGCGGAAACGAACGGGCAAUACGGAAAGCAGGUGGCAGAUGAGGGUGAACACGUUGGGGAUGAGGAUCCAUGUUUUGUUGGAGACGGUAAUGCUGACAAAGAAACCGCAUUGGAUUCUGAAAGCGAGGAGAGUUCGAGUGAGAUCGGUGAAUUUGACGAAGAUGAAGAUGAGGAAGAAGAACUGUGGGAACUUGUUUGUCCGUCGGACGAAGAGGAAGGUGAUGCAGCCGAGGAACUACCUGAUAAAUGUCGAGAAGCGCGUGGUGGAAAUCCAGAAAGCUCAGCGCAAAGCAGAUCCUGA